CCUCCGCUGUAUUCCGCCGGCCACCGAAGGCGCCACUGCCACCACCAUUUCCUUUUACUAAUUAACUCCGUCACCGAUUCGAUGGUAAACACCACAACGUCCGCUUCCAUCUUUAGUUCCUGAUAUACGAUGUCGGUACACGAUCAAGCAGCCGUCGCAGUCCUAUCGCAAGUAGCCCUAGCCGCCGAUGGUGCAGUACUCGGUCUAGCCUUAGCGUACAUUGCAGUACGUAGUGUUCUCAAGUACAAGACGACAUCAUCGGCUUUGAACAAAGUGAAGAAAGCACCUUCCGUCGGCGUCUCCGAUCUCCGUUCUGUGCUCUCUCAUUCUUCCGAUCAAGAUACGGACACGACCAGUUGCGUUGACGAGAAGCUCGUCAUCGUUCGAGGAGUUGUUGAGGCAAAAUCUGUUGUCAAUGGCAACUGGAAAAAACAAAACGUUCUGGUAUCUCAUGAAUCUAACGAGAAAGCGGUUAUCUUGCAGCGAACGCAGACGUGUAUAUACAAUGAAUGGAGGGGAUUUUUUGGAUGGACUUCAGAUUUUCGCUCCUUAUUUGCAAGACAUUGGAAAGAGCAAGAAUCGUCAUCACUAAGAACGGUUCCUUUUAUCCUUGUUGAUGGGGGUAGGUGGCCACAAUCUGAUUAUCUGGCCGUAAACUUGGAUGGCUCGAAGCAUCCUCUACCUCUUACAACUGUAUACCACAAUUUGCAGCCUAUUAAUGCUUCUCCUUACACUUUCCUCCAGGCAUUUUUCGGUCAUGAGUAUCCUGUUGGGCUUCUGGAUGAAGAGAAGAUUCUACCAGUUGGAAAGGAAAUCACUGCAGUUGGCCUUGUCAGUUUGAGAAACGGAAUUCCUGAAGUGAUGGCAUGCAAGGAUCUACCUUUUUUUCUAUCAAAUAUGAGCAAAGAUCAGAUGGUAGUGGAACUCGACUUCAGGACAAAGGUUUUAUUGUGGAGUGGAGUUGUUAUCGGUUCACUGGCAACUGCCAUCCUUGGCUAUUCUGUUGUAAGGAACUGGAACAGAUGGAAAGAGUGGAGACAAAGAAGGCAGAUUCAGCAGCAAAAUGCGGCCGAGGAAAGUAGUGAAGCGGAAGCUGAUGUAGCGGCAGAAGAGGGUGGCGAUGUUCCAGAAGGGCAGUUGUGUGUGAUCUGUUUGAUGAGACAACGGAGGUCUGCAUUCGUACCGUGUGGGCAUCUAGUCUGUUGCCCACGAUGCGCUCUUUCUGUUGAGCGGGAUUUGUCUCCCAAAUGUCCUGUUUGUAGACAAACGAUCCGCAGUUCGGUCAGGAUAUACGACUCUUGAGGUUGCGAAUAUAGUCUAAAGAACGUAGAUGGUAUGUAUUUCUGUAGGUGUAUAUGUAUUAUGGUAUUCUUCAUAUUUAUUAUGCAAUGGAAUUUUGUUUAUAUAU